UCGGCUCUAGAACAGGCUUUGUUUGAUUCCCGUCGCUGGUUUCUCGGCUUUUUACGGUCGUGUUCGAACACGCCUGACUGCUGCCAGCCUGUCAUAACUGGACUCCAGGUGAAGUACAGAAUCGACAGGAGGAAUGUGGCCCCGCAGUCCCAGCAGGCAUGGCACUAGUUCUCACAGAAGUGACACGCUGUCACACUUGGUGGCUGUUUAUUAGUAGUAAACUAGCAGUAAAGUGUCAGAACUCGGUUUAGUCGUUCUUGUCAAGAUUUUGCAUGCCUGAUUUAACGUUUUCUUUUUUUUGCUAUUUUAUCUGGCAAAGGGACAACUUAAACCAACUCAGCCAUGUUUCACCACCCUCAUUAGAGUUUGCUUCGUUUAAUAAUGGUUUGUUACAGAAAGCUCACAUUUAUCUGACAUGCAGCUGUACUGAUGCAAUCAUUUAGAAAUUGAUAUCAUGAGUAAUGCAUUACCAGUUGUUGUUGUUGUUGUUGUUCUGCUUGUAUAACCCUGUUUUAUUACAGCAGGCGUGUAUACAUGCAGCUACACCUUUCUAUUUCAUUGUAGUCGACAGUUAAUAAGCGACCACCUGUUCCUGCAUUGUAACCGCACUUCUGUAGAAAAGCAAAAAAAAAAAAAAAAAAAGGACGAACCACGUCCACAUGGGCAGACGUUGACGUCGCCGCGGCCCCGCCCACAUGACCCUCUCUCCUCCUCCCGAUUGGACGAGAGCCACGGAGGAGGCGGGCUCUGUGUGAAGUCUGCUCACAAAGUUUUUCUGUCUCCGCGUACAGUGAGUCACAGCUUCAUCAAACCCUGGUGGACGCACAGAACAGGGGGGGAGACAACUUUUUCCUUUUUCCUCUCCUUCUUCUUCUUCAUGUUUUAAGCUAUGGUCGGAGAUUAUUGCUCCUUUUCUGGAGAUAAGACGGACAUGCACUCGCAGAGAAACUCCAAAAACGGACUAAGUUGCAAAAUGGUGCUUCAGGCGGUCGGGAAGGUGCUAAGGAAGUCAAAGACGAAGCCAAAUGGAAAGAAGCCUCCGGCAGAAGAGAAGAAGCAGUACUUGGAGCCAGAGUUCACGAAAAUCCGUGUGGUGGACUUCGACCUCAAGGAGCUGGUGGUGCUGCCCAGAGAGAUAGACCUCAAUGAAUGGCUAGCCAGCAACACGACAACAUUCUUCAAUCUUAUCAACCUGCAGUACAGCACCAUCUCAGAGUUCUGCACUGGGGACACCUGUCAAGCCAUGACGGCCUGCAGCACAAUAUACUACUGGUAUGACGAGAGGGGGAAGAAGACGAAGUGCACUGCUCCGCAAUACGUCGACUUUGUAAUGAGUCUUUGUCAGAAACUGGUCACAGAUGAGGAAAUCUUUCCCACAAAAUACGGCAAAGAGUUUCCCAACUCCUUUGAGUCCUUGGUGAAGAAGAUCUGCCGGUACCUGUUCCACGUGCUGGCUCACCUCUACUGGGCGCACUUUAAAGAGACGGUGGCUCUGGACCUGCAGGGCCACUUGAACACUCUGUAUGCACAUUUCAUCGUUUUCGUAAGGGAAUUCAACCUGGUCGACCCCAAGGAGACCUGUAUCAUGGACGACCUGUCCGAAAUCCUCUGCACCCCCGCCCCGCCGCCGGCGCCCGCCCCGGCCCCCUCCACCCCCGCCUCGGCGCCCUCCCCCUCUUCACAAAACCACGUGACGGAGAGAUGAGCGGGGGCGGCGGUCAGACGGCGGCCCCGGGGGUGAUAGAAGAUAAGAUAGAGGAGAGAAGGAAAGACAGCCUGGCCCCCUUCCUCGGUGCGAGCAGGACUUAAGAGACCUUCCACUACCCUUGUAUUUCGCUACGACACCAACCAACCAGCCGGAAGGAAAAAAAGGGGCGGGAGGGUUUUCAGGGGGGUUUGGGGUGGCGGGGAGGGGUUUGUCACGCCAGCAGGAAUUGGCGUGAGCGUUCCUCCCAGGGGCAAAUCCCUCCCAUCUUCUCUGCAAUUUAAACUAGGAACAAAAAAGUAUGUGUAUUGUUUUAUUUUAUUUUUUAUUUUUUUUGUUUUUUUUUUUUUUUUUUUUUUUUUUUUUUUUUGUUGAAGUUUUAUUCAGUUUUUAUUUUUGGUUGUUUGAGGAGGGGGCGCAGCGUGUCCGGCCGCCCUCCCUCCAUCCUCUGCCUAACAUACAGUACAGGAAGGGGGCUCUGCUUUGCUUCGACCUACUAUUGUACAGUGUUGUUGAUGUGUGGAGAAGAGGCGUCUCUGCUCACCUGCUCGGCUCGUCCUCCCCUCCUCCGGCAGCGGGAGGCGGCCCGCGGGCGCUCGGCCGCUACGCCGGCCAGUAGGGAGCCACGUUACUGCCUGACGGGGCGAUGCUAGCCAAUCACUGUUUGGGUUGUUUAUGCGGGGGGAUGAUUUGAAGCGCUUCCUACUCAGGACCUGAGAGAAUACGUCACUGCUGCCAGAGAGGAGUCACUCUCGUUUUCAUUCUCUGUCCCUUGUUCACCAGACUGCUCAGUCCUCCCUCCGUAUGUGUUUAACUGCAGCAUAGUCACAUAAUCACCUGGUGAACCCCUAACCAACAUGUCCCAGAGCUUACCUGUAGGGGGCAGCAAACACGUAGCCACAGAAACAAGGAGACAGAGAAGGAAAUAUUAAAAGAUUGUAUGCUAGAUGUUUAAUCUGAUCAUAGAGCGGAUGCUAUGAGGCAGACUGGUGCCCGUAGGAGGUGAAUCAGAGCCGUUUGCAGCCUCUUAAACCACCACCACCACCAUCACCCCCCACUCCAGCAGCACAGAAGGACAAAGACAUGAGGUAAUGUCUGCAGGCUCACAGAGGAAGAGAGACGGAGUCAGAGAGAGGGGUGUAGCGGUGGUGUCCAGCUGCUCUGCUGUCCAACAGUCACCAGUGCUCCCAGUGCAAAACUAAAAGUCUCCACCAGUCCCUUUAAAUUUGCUUUUUAAAAAGAGUAUCAGAGGAAGUUUAGUUCAGAAAUGAUAACAACGAUGAUAUCAUUACACAUGUAUAGAAAAUGCACAGUCUGCUUGGACUUUACUGUACAAAGAAUCACAAGCGGGUUCUGUCAGACAUAGCCUCUGUUCGGAGGAGGAUUGGAUUUAUGAUUCUCCUUUUUUAUUUAUUUUAAUUUUUUAUUUUUUUUUUUUUUGCAGGGUUCUUCAGUUCUGGCUCUCGUUUUUAUGUAUUUUAAUUAUUAACUAAGUUAAAAGCAAUUUAAUAUUUUAAGCUCUGCGGAUUAUAAUCUAAUAAAAGAGAGAAAUGCCA